UCAGCCAAUCAGGACUCAAGGGACAUUUUAUCUUAAUUAGUUUGCAUUUUAUCGACUUCAUCUGCGUCUCAUGUGUUUGCCUUAAUGAGGUUUGUUGAUGAUAAUAAUUGAACUUUAUAUUUAUUGGUCAAUAUAAUUAUUCCUCUUGCAGCUGUGCUGCUGUAAGAGUUGUUUUUUUUGUUUUUUGUUUUUAAUGAAAUCUUUUCCAGCUUCCAGACGUGGUGUUGAUCAAAGAUGAAGACUCGGACAGUAACGACGCCUUCGAGGAAGAUCACCAAACACCCGCUGAUGGAGGGACGCCCGCAGUCAGAGAGCCCGCCGCGUCCGCGCCCGUCAGCCGGAGCGUGAAGAGACACUGGACGGUGGACGAGGACGCGGACAGGAGGGCGUCCUCUGAGCCGCUCGCUCUGAAGACAGCAGGCGCGCAGCAGAGCGUCACCGUGUACACGCUGGACUCUCCCCGCAGCGAGCCCGGCUGCUCCGCUCAGCUCGGCGGCGGCGAGAUGGAGGCCGGCGAGUCGGUUUGUUCCUACUCUGCACAGGUGGACCCGGACGUCCAGCUGGUCCACCAGGAGUCCCCGCUGGUCCCUCCGAGCGCCAACAGGCAAACAUAUUUCGGUAACGGCGCUCUGAUGGAGCCAAACAGAGCGGAGCUGGAUCUCAGCCUGACGUGGACCAAACAGGCGAAAAACCCGAUGAGUUACGCUCACUUUCACCAAAACGAAAACCUGGACGGCGACGCUUUCGGGCUGAAGAUGAUCAACGUGACGGGCUCCACCUCCACAGACUGCCAGCUGUCUGAAAGCAGCAACUCUGCGUUUGAGUACGACGACGCCGACGUGAUGAACUACGCCCUCUACGGGACCAAUCAGGACGCCCGCUCGCUCACGGGCAGCCGGGCGCCCGAGCGAAACGCUUCACGUGCGCCGUCUGCUCCAAGACGUACGCCACGUCUCAGAACCUGGACGUUCACAAUGCGGAUCCACACGGGCGAGAGGCCGUUCACCUGCAGCCAGUGCGGCAAGAAGUUCACGCAGUCGGCUCACCUCAAGUCGCACCUGAGCGUGCACACGGGGGGAGCGACCGUACGCCUGCACGCUCUGCUCGCGCAGCUUCAUCGUCAAAUACAGCCUGAAGUUACACGUGAAGAAAUGUCAUCCCAACGUCUGAGCGGCGCGCAGGUUUCGCUCCACAAUCCUCUGCUCUGUAAAUAG